AUGGGCAAACUACUCUCAGAGGCAAUCGGGGCUGACCAUGACGAGUUCGAUGUUCUGUAUGAAAAUCUGAAAAAUGCCACCGACGAUGCUGCGAAGGUUCGCUGGAGAAACCAGCUUACUUGGACUGUUGCCCGUCACGCCAUCAGUGAAGAACUGACAUGGUACCCUGCUAUGGAGAAGCAUCUGGGAGAAGAAGGUGUUCGACUGUCCAAGACUGACAAGGAGCAACAUCAAGGCGUCAAGGACUACCUCUACAAGGUGCAGGACAUGACACCAGUCGAUCCGCAGUUCAUGCCCCUGCUGGACACGUUGAUGGAUCUCCUUCAUCACCACAUUGAGCACGAGAAGGAAGAAGACAUGCCUCGCCUCGAAAGCUUGUUGUCCCGUGAGGAGAGUGAGCAGUUGGCAGUGAGCUUCGAACGCACCAAGAAGAUUGUACCGACAAAGAGUCACCCGGGUGCACCGACAAGUUAUUAUUUGGAACUGCUAACAGGAUUGAUGGCGGCGCCUGUAGAUAAGUUUAGGGAUUAUCUGACCAAGGAUUUCCCAGAUGAGCAAGACAAGCAGGAGGCGCAAUCGGCAAGGGAUAGUAAGAUUUAG